AUGAAAUUUUACCUUCUAAAUUUCAGUUCCCUUGCAGUUUCGGUUCCCGAUAAUACAGCAGUUGGCAAGGACUUUAUCGCCCUUCAAAUCAACGAUGCUGAUUCAUCCGAUUUGGGAAAGUUCCAGUGCUCCCUUACAGUUGAAAAUAGCUAUUUUUCUGUGGCCUAUAUCAAGAGCAUUGACGCCUGCGGGAUUCGGGUAAGAAAGCCUGACCUUUUCUCAUAUCCUAAAAAAGAAGAGGAUUUGAAAGCAUUUUCUGCAUUUUCUGAGAUAUCCUCUACCCGCUUGGAUUCUGUGCCAAGUAUCCAACUUGACCAAUCUGGUACCACACGGAUCCCACCGUCCGCGCAGACGAUGUUCAUUCGCGUCGUCGACUCAAAUGGUGUGCACUCGGCCGACGCCACUGUGACAAUCACCGUGACUCAAUCCAAUAGCCACGUACCGGUGAUCAACUUCUUCCCACUUUUGGGUCCUCCCGCCCAAAUUGCUGGGACCUCGGCCAGCCUGACGGCCCCAAUUGACCUAGCCAGGCUAACAGUGACGGACGUUGACCCAGGGAGCACGUCAUUCGAUGUCAACUUGGAUGCAAAGAGCGCUGCUAGCGGGAUGUUUGAAUUGAAGAGCCUGACACCAAAUACG